AUGUGUGGUGUCCUGGAGCAGUUAAGUCCUGAGUCUCCAGUUCCAUUAUCUUCUCAGGAAACUGAGUCUGUGAAUAAACCCAUGGCUAAUCCGAUCAAAGUACUUGAAACUGAACAUUCUUUCUGCAGUUUGCUAGAGCUUGCGGCCGAUAAUGAUGUUGAGGGCUUUAAGCAAUCUAUUAGUGAGGCUUCUAUUGUUAAUGAAAUUGGACUCUGGUAUGGUCGCGACAGGGCUUCGAGACGAAUGGUUCUUGAGCAUAGGACCCCAUUAAUGGUUGCUUCUAAAUAUGGUAGCGUUGAUGUUGUGAAACUGAUUCUUUCUCUUUCAGAGGCAGAUGUAAAUUGCUCUCCCUGUGGAGAUAAGAGGACUGCUCUUCACUGUGCUGCUUCUGGUGGGUCUGAAAAUGCUGUUGACACUGUCAAGGUUCUUCUGCUGGCUGGUGCAGAUCCCAAUGCUAUUGAUGCCAAUGGAUGCUGCCCUUUUGAUGUUAUUGUUUCUCCUCUGAAUUGUUCCAAUCUGAAGGUUGUGCUUCAAGAGCUCUUACAAUAUGAUGGCUCAGCCUGUCAGCUGGAUCUCCAUGUUUCAAAUGUUUGCUGUAGAUCUAGUUCACCAUCUCUGUCAUCGUCUCCGAAAAAUGCUUCCUUGCCAUCAUCCAUCCCCGAUUCAACAUGUAAUUCUGAUGAUAUUCAUGUUUCUUCUGCACCUGAAAAGAAAGAAUACCCCUUCGAUCCUUCGCUUCCCAACAUCAAGAAUAGUAUUUAUGCUACGGAUGAGUUUCGGAUGUUUUCAUUCAAGAUCUGGCCUUGUUCACGAGCCUAUUCACAUGAUUGGACUGAAUGCCCUUUUGUGCAUCCUGGAGAGAAUGCAAGGAGAAGGGACCCGAGGAAGUUCCACUAUAGCUGUAUGCCUUGCCUGGAUUAUCGAAAAGGAACAUGUAAGCGUGGAGAUUUAUGUGAAUAUGCUCAUGGGGUUUUUGAGUGCUGGCUACAUCCAGCACAAUAUAAGACUCGACUCUGCAAAGAUGGCAUGAGUUGCUUACGCCAGGUUUGCUUCUUUGCCCACAAACCUGAGGAAAUGCGACCUGUGUAUGUUUCCACUGGAUCUGCCAUGCCAUCCCCUCAUUCAGCCACCUCUGCUGCUGCUUUCAUGGACAUGGCUGCAGCCUUGAACCUCCUACCUGGCUCCCCCAAAGCAGUGCAGGCUAUGCUACCUUCUCCCUUUUCUCCACCCAUAUCUCCUGGUAAUGUUAUUUCUGACUCUUGCAUGGCAUGGCCUCAGAAAAAUAUCCCCAGUUUGCAUCUCCCAGAAAGCAAUCUUCGAGCAAGCCGUUUGAGAUCUUCUCUUAAUGCAAAAGAUAUUCCUACUGAAGAGGUUGACCUGUUGCAUAAUUUUGAACUGCAACAACAGCAGCCCCUUCAUGAUGUGUCUUCCUUCUCACAGUCAUUCAUCAAUAUUUCCUCUGUGAGUCAUCCCCUCCAUCCAGAAACCUUGACACCUUCAAAUCUAAAUGAGCUUUUCUCUGCCCAGGUCUCAUCCCCUCGAUUGACUGACCAUCUUGUGAAUUCAUAUGGUUUCUCCCCGUCAAAUAGACCAGCAGUUCGCAAUCAACUCCAGCAGCAACAAACAAUUUUAUCUCCUAUCAGAACAAAUGCAUUUUCCCCAAGGACCUUUGAGCAGAAUCUCUUGCAAGCUCCAUUUGAUUUUUCCUCACCGAGGAUGAUGUCACAUAAAAGCAUAGAGCCUCUAUCUCCAAUAGGCUCUAGGGUUUCUGCUCUUGCUCAGCAUGAGAAGCAGAAGCUGCAACAGCUUUACAGCUUCAGCGCACGUGAUGUUGGAUCUAACGUCCCUCGUGAACUUGGAUCUAAUGGUGCUGUUGGCUCCCCUGUACCUUCUUUGUCCAAAUGGGAGUAUGCCAAUGGGAAACUAGAUUGGUCUGUUCAAACAGAUGAACUGGGCCAUCUAACCAAAUUCUGUUCUGGUGAACAUAAUGUGGAAGAGCCUGAUGUUUCAUGGGUUCAAUCUCUGGUGAAGGAAUCACCAUAUGACGUAAAGGAAGUAGCAUCUGCCCCAGAAUCAGGCACACUGCUGUCCAUUGAUUGUUCUAAUUGA